AUGGGUCGGUUAAUCAAGAACCACUGGGCGCGUUUGAUCAUCCUCACAGCCGCUGCCUACCAAGUGGGCAGCGCAAUCGAAGGCUUCAUCUGGCCCAAAGUCUUCUGGGACUUCAUCACCAAGAACCUCAACGGCGCCGUCAAGCCGAUUCCGAUCCUCCAAAUCCUCAAUCUCAUCAUGGGCUUACUCGGCCUGGCCUGGGAAUGGCCAUUGAAAUACUUUGCCGGCUCGUUGCCCCAUCGCAGCAUUGAAUUCCGCCUCAUCCUAUACCCGCUCAGUGCGCUAUUGGCGGCACUGUUAUACCAAGGGACCGACCCGGCUCUUUACUAUCUCGUGGGAAUUGGGGUGUAUUUCUGGGCCUACAGCGAGGGAGAGGUCUCGCCCUCGCUUGUACAUACCUUGAACGACGUGACGAUCGCAUAG